AUGGUCACUCUGACAGAGCUCCAGAGUUCCUCUGUGGAGAUGGGAGAACCUUCCAGAAGAGAGCAGUCUGAACGUGGAAGCUGUGGAGCAGACGUACUGGAGGGCCUAUCCUCAGAUAUACCCAGCACCCCCUCCACUCCCCCCUGCUUCCUCUGCCUUACGGGGAGGUCAACAUCCACCGGCAUCCUCCAGACCUGCCACGACCUACGCCUGCUCAGAGACGAGGUCUACUGUCAGCUCAUCAAGCAGACCAAUCACGUGCCUCAGCCCAACAGCUCGGCCAAUCGCGCCCACUGGCACCUCCUCACCUGUAUGAGCUGUACCUUCCUGCCCAGCCGGGGCAUCCUGCGCUACCUCAAGUUCCACCUUAAAGGGGUGAAGGAGCAGUUUCCUGGAACAGAGGUGGACAUGUUUGCCCAUUUCAUAGGUGAGUCUCUGAAGAGGACCAAGGUCAGGGACUGUGUGCCGUCUCAGGGGGAGAUCGUAGCCUUACUGACCAGACAGGAAAUGACGACUACGGUCUACUGCCAUGGAGGAGGAUCCUGCAAGAUCUCCAUCAACUCACACACCACCUCUGGAGAGGUGGUGGAGAAGUUGAUCCGAGGCCUGGCCAUGGAGGACAGUAGAAACAUGUUUUCCCUGUUUGAACACAACAACACUACGGACCGGGCUGUGGAGAGCAGAGUCAUCGUGGCUGACGUACUCGCCAAGUUUGAGAGGCUGUCAGGCAGUGAGGAGGUGGAGGAGGAGGGACAGUGGAGGCUCUACUUCAAACUCUACUGUUUCCUGGAUGUAGAGAGCAUGCCCAAGGAAGGGGUGGAGUUCGCUUUCAUGUUCGAACAGGCUCAUGAGUCUCUGACCAGUGGUCACCUCCCAGCCCCAGAAGACACCCUGCAGCACCUGGCCGCUCUGAGGCUCCAGUUCCUCCACGGAGACAAGGCCCGGGUCAGCUGGUCUCUGGACACAGUCUACCCUGUAGGCAGGCUCCGCGCACGCAUCCUGCACUUCACUAAGGUGGGCGCGGGCGGGGCCUGUGGGCCAAACCCUUGA